UUAUGUUUCAUGCUUUGCAAUUACAUAUUUUAACUUGCUUCAUUUUCGGUCUGCAUUUCAUUUGGCUGUUCUUGUGCCAAAAUGUUGGAAAUUUGAGUAUUCAUUUUGGUCUUGGAAUUGUGUUCAAGCUAGAUACUUCUGAUGGGUUUCUGUCAAGUUCUUGAGUAACAAAUCACGGAAGCUGCCUCUUAUCUUACGUAUCUAAUAUGGCAAUCUGAGAACUGUAUUUUUGGGUGAGAGAAAUGGAAUUUGUCUACCUGUUGUUCCUAUGACACAUGUUGGGUUCCUGAGUAAGACUAUAGAAUGUAAGGAGUCACGAAUAGGGAAACAACCAAUUACAGUGCCUUCCAAUGUGACAAUCACAUUGAAUGGCCAAGAUUUAAAAGUAAAGGGUCCUUUGGGGGAACUUUCAAGAACUUAUCCUCGAGAAGUCAGGCUUGAGAGAGAUGAGAAUGGAGUGAUUCGUGUUAAGAAGGCAUUAGAGUCAAGAAGAGCCAACCAAAUGCAUGGACUUUUCAGGACACUUACAGACAACAUGGUGGUGGGAGUAUCUAAGGGGUUUGAGAAGAGACUUCAACUAGUUGGUGUAGGGUAUCGUGCAACAGUAGAAGGUAAAGACUUGGUAUUAAGUCUGGGAUUUUCUCAUCCGGUUAGAAUGGCAAUACCGAAUGACCUAAAAGUGAAGGUGGAAGAGAACACCAGGAUCAUUAUUAGUGGAUAUGAUAAGUGUAACAUUGGUCAGUUUGCUGCUUCAAUUAGGAAAUGGAGGCCCCCUGAACCAUAUAAAGGUAAAGGUGUGAGGUAUGCCAAUGAAGUUAUAAGAUUAAAGGAAGGGAAAGCUGGGAAAAAGAAGUAACUGAUGCAUUUCUUUUCUAUGUUCUUUUUGUCUCUUAUGUGCACUUGUUUAAAUGCAUUAGCAAUGCGGAUGUAUUUCAGUUAUUCAUUGAACAGACAGGAUGCUUAUUUUUUUAGUUUUAUUUCUGUCUCAGUUGAUUUCUUUUA